AUUCGGCCCAACGACAUCAGCCAGCCAGUGAUGCCAAGCCUCCAGUGAUGCCAGAGAACGUCCCGCCCUCCCCCGUGGAGGCGCGGAUGCUUUCUCACCGCCGCAUUGCGACUCCGCAGACGAGGCGAAAUGCAGGCGAUUCCGUUCGGGCUCUUCCUCCUCCUCCUUCCCUCCGCGCGGGGCUACGUGUACGAGAGGUGCGAGUUGGCGAGGGAACUCUAUUACGAGCAUGGGUUCAUCCGGUCGACUCUCGGCAACUGGGUGUGCCUGAUCUACCACGAGAGCGGCUACAACACGUCCCAGUUGAAGGGUCCCGGCUCCGGCGGGUCCUACGACCACGGCCUCUUCUCGAUCUACGACGGCUUCUGGUGCUUUCCGCCUGGCGACUUCGCCGACUGCGACGUCGCCUGUGAGGAUCUGAGGAACGACGACAUCACGGACGACGUGGGCUGCGCCCGGUUCAUCUGGGACAACGAAGGCUUCAUGGCGUGGCACGGCUGGCAGGAGAACUGCAUGGGCACGGACGUCAAUUCCUGGGUCUCUGAUUGCUUCUGAUGGCCGCUGAUGUAAUGGCUGAUGGGUGCUGAUGUAAUGAAGAGGUUUCGAGAUGUU